AUAUAUAUAUAUAUAUAUAGAAUGUGUGUGUGUCUUGUCUUCUCUCUUUUUUUGUUUUAAAGUCUUUUUACUACAUUUAUAACUUAUGAAUUUCCCUGUAAGAAUAGUUUGUGAAGUAUGUGAAGAAGAUGAUUCUGAAGUUUUAGACAAGGAGCUGAAUUCUGUCAAAUAUGUGACUGUGUUAUGAAUUUAAAACUACAGCUGUAAUACUCUAACAAUAAAAUUCUUAGGAUUAGACGGAUUUGCGAGAAAGUCUUAACAAAUUUUAUCCAACACUAGGGCAGUGUAAUAAUAGAUCAUUCCUGUUAACUGUGGUUUUCCUACAGUUACAAAUUCCAUUCAAGAAUUCCUGAAAGCCUUCUACAACUGUUUAUUGAUUCAUAUACAGUAAGUCUUUUAUCUUGGCCAGUCAUCACAGAUAUGGAGUCGGAACCUCAGGAGCUCUGGGCGUGAAGCCAGAAUACAUCCUAGAUGGCACGCCUAUCUCAUACAAAAAUAUAUGUUUCUCAUAAAUGUUUAUUGGCCCAGAAACUGCAAUAACUUUAUAUAGAUGUCUGCUGGAAGUGAGUUUAGAAUUUUGUUUUCAUUCUUACCACAGAGAGAGGUGGUGAAACUGUCCAUGAUAAUUGACGCUACGCUACAGGCGUAGUAGAUAGAAAAAAAUAAUUCAACCUUGUGACUGAGUGUGCAUAUUUGACCUCACAUGGAAUAAUGUAUAUAAUUGUGGCUUUUUUUUUUUUUUUUGCAGGAUUUGUUUUAGAACCUCUUCCUUCUUAAUAUAUCCUUGACACACCUUAGCUGGUGCAUUUAUGAGCUUUUCUUUUUUCUUUUAUAUUAUUAUUUUAUUAUUUUUUUGGCAGAGAAUGACCUGAAUGAAGUGCUUAAACUUCAUUUUAGUAAUGUUGUAUUUUGCGCAUUGAUAUAAUAAUAAUAAUAAUAAUAAUAAUAAUAAUAAUAAUAAUAAUAAUAUAAUGUUUCCUCACAGGUGUAUUAUGUUGUUUAUAAAUGUUAAAGUAUUAUAUCACACCAUUUAAACCAUCUGAAGGUGAAAUAAUCUUCCUGGCCACUUUAAUAGGAACAGCUGCGUCAUGGACUAAAUUAUGCAAAUACAGGUCAAGAGCUUCAGUUUAUUUCCACAAAAAAACUUAAAUUGGGAAAGAAUUGGGGAAAAAAUGUGAUCUCUGUGACUGUGGUAUUGUUGUUGGUGCCAGACAGGCUGAAACUGCUGAUCUCCUCUGAUCUUCACACAUAACAGUCUCUUGACUUUAUUCAGAAUGUGUGUGAAAAGAUAAAAAGUGAACGGAAACACCGUGACACAUCCCAGUCAAUGAAAUUGUGAGGUUGAAAUUGGACAUUACUUAAAGCUUGACCUGAAUUUUUGCACUGGACUGCUGACACAUGAUUAAAUGAUUACCUCCUGUAAUUCCAUGAACACGCAGAGAUAUUGGCCACUAUUAAAAUAAGUAAAUAAUCUUGGAAAAAGAAUAUAUUGGAUAAGAAGUAGGUGAUGACCUAUUUUGAGUAUGAUGCAACCUUUCACUUGACUCCGGAAUCUCCUUAAAUCUUCCCGAAGCUUUGCAUUUGACCUAAAGGGACAGGCUGCAGUCUAGUCAUUGUGCAACCAUAACAGACAUAGCACUUUAUUUAAGAUCCUAUCUCCCAGAUGAUGUAAUCCAGCAUCGACGUAAAACUAUGAACACACAGAGCGUGAACUUACUUGUGUAUUUCAAAUUCCAGCAUUAAAUGGGUGAUGAAAUAUAAUUUCAGCUUGUCUUUGGAUUUUUUUUAAUUAGCACAUACAACGAUUGUGUUGUCUGUUUGCUUUUCUCACUAAAAUACCACCUUUAAUACAUUUUCAGACCGACGGUAUUCUUAGUCUGUGAUCUAGUAAACCAGUAGUAGUCACUGCCUGCCAAAUGCCAUAACUAAAUGUAUUUUCGUGUACAUUUACAUCAUGUAGACUUCCUAAAAAUGACACACCUUUGAACCAAAUAAACUUUGGGUGAUGUUUCUCAUAUGUUUUAUCAAAAUGACCUGCCUCUUGCCCCACUUCAUGUUUGUUAUGCCACAACAUUUCAUUGCUUUGCUGGCAGAAGUGCAAUAAUGUUUGCACCAUCUCCCAAGAUUUUAUUAUAGCAUUUCACACAGAUUUACAAUGUUUGACCAUAACAAUAUCUGUGGCGUAGGUGUUGUUAUUGUUUUAUUGAGGACGUCAUGCCCCAGCAUCUGGGAGGAGUGUGUAUGUUCAGUUAAUUAUUGACGAAUGCAGUUCUUUCUAUAUUUACUGAAUGGAGGAGGAAGUGAAGCAUUUACUUUGUUUCAGGUGCGCCAUUAAGCCUUUCAUCACGCUUUAAAUACUGACAUUAGUCUGCUUAAGCUCAUUCUCUUUCUGUGUCUCCCCUAAGGGACACCACUGGUGUGUUUGUCAGGUUUCUUGGAGACAGGACGAGAGGGUUGGCAAAAAAGACGACCUGCACAGAGAGUGCAGUCCAUUUCAUACAAAUCAAUUCAAGCACACACUGUUACUUAGCUCCCAGGCAGUAAGGAGGAGUGUACACUUUACCUGACAAUGGAGGAAAAUAUAAAGGCAUACACUGGACAGUAGAAGAUCAUGCCAUAUCUGGUCCACACUGCCCAUGCCCAGUUUGUGGGGUUCUGGGUAGGUGCCAUUGGUUGGAUUCUCACCAUCGUAGCCAUAGGCUUGGUGGAGUGGAGAGUAUGGGAGGUAUCCAAUCUGUCUGUCAUCACCUCUGGUCUGGCUUGGGUGGGCAUCUGGAGGGUGUGCUUUUAUACCAGUGUGCUUGCCACAUCUGAGUACAAGAUCAUGUACUGCCAGCGGAUGCAACUGACGGACCCUUACAUGCCUAAUGAGAUUGCUGCUGCCCAGGUGCUCAUGCUGCUUGCCUUCGUCUUGGGAUUUUUUGGUAAUUCCAGCAUCAUUUAUGGACUCAGGAACAUCUACUUUGGACUUGAUGAGACUAGAUCUAUCACACUGUCUUUUUCCUUCGGUGGAGGACUUAUGUUACUCGCUGGCGUGAGCUCGUUUAUUCCUCUUUUCUGGAACUUAAACGCUGUGGUGACUAACCAAACCAUUGACUUUCCACCUAACUUCAACAUGCCCCCAGCUCCUGAUGAUCAGUAUAUUGGUCCUGGUAUCGCUGUUGGAAUUUUUGCAUCCAUCUUGGUGGUGUUGAGUGGAAUAGUGUUCCUGUGUUACAAGCUCCCAGAAGGAAUGAACUCCAAAAUCAGACCUUCAAGGAAAAAGGAGCACCACUGUGGAUUGAAUGAAACCGAGAUGGCAGUGCAUGUAAAAUCCAGACAAAAGCCUGGGCAAGGCAGAAUAAACAGCCUCGGUAUUGACAACCUGGCCUUCCAGUCCCAGAAAGACGGGUGAAUGUGAACAUGGGUCUUCGUUUUUCAGUCAUAACUUCAUUCUGUGAAUUCUUCGUAAUAUGAGCGUGCAUUGAAAUGCAAGUGUUUUUGAAGGGAGGUUGGGUCAGACUGUUUACAAGGCAAACAAUAUUAGUGCAAUUAAAGUGUGUGUCCUUUGGGGUAGUACAGUAAUUGGGAAGUUAUUCAUAAACAUCCUAAUCUCUUGGGAUUUGACACUUGACGCCAUUGUAACCUGUUCCCACUGAUGCACAAUCAAAGCUAAUAAUGUAUUAUAUGUGAACUAUAUUCUUGCACCUUGCUGUUAAAUGUGCUUUGGGAGUUAUAUAUUUUCAUGUCUUGUGGUUUUAUAUGGAUAUUAAUUGUUUUUGGAUCAUUUAAAAUUUAUGCCAGUGUCACAGGAGCAAAUGUACAGUAAAUAAUAAAACAGAUGAA